UUUUUAUUGUGGGGGAAAAGCAAACCCCUACUCUCUUCGCUUUCUCUGGCGGCAUCUCUGCUGCAACUGUAACACUAACACUUCAACAGAACAGAACAUGGCGACGGCUUCACAAGCUCGAGCUGUUAAGUCUCUCAACAAGUCCCCUGGAGGACGCCGUUUUGUCUUUAAGUCAUUCUCGGAUAGAGUAGAUGAGAUUGAUAUCAAUGUAUAUCGAAGUCUUGAUAAGGUCAAAGCCGAGCCAUCCGAGGGUUCUUCUUUUUUCAGAGACUGCCUUAUAGAAUGGAGGGAGUUGAACACUGCUGAGGAUUUCAUUUCAUUAUAUGAAGAAAUUAUGCCUUAUACACAAACAUUGCCCCUGGUGCUGUUGCACAAGGAAUCUUUAAUAUCAAAGCUUCUUUCUAGGUUGCACAUAAAAGCAAGGCUAUCCCUUGAACCAAUUCUCAGGUUAAUUGCAGCUUUAUCUAGGGAUCUCCUAGAGGAAUUUGUUCCUCUAUUGCCAAGAAUUGUUGAUUCUUUAGUCUCUCUUCUUGAGAGUGGUGGUGAUAGGGAGCCAGAUAUCAUUGAGCAGAUAUUCAUGUCAUGGUCAUACAUUAUGAUGUAUCUGCAAAAAUAUCUUGUACGCAAUCCAUCAGAGGUGCUCAAGGUCACGUCAAAAUUGAGGUAUUAUCCAAAAGAAUAUGUCCAACAAUUCAUGGCAGAAGCAAUGUCAUUUGUUUUGAGGAAUGCCCCAGAUGAGCAGCUCAAAAGAGGAAUCCGAAGAGUAAUUGAUGAUGCAGUGAAGAAGCCAUCUCUGUGUAGAGAGUCAGGUGUUGAAGCAUUGGUUUUUAAUAUUAUGAAAGGUCACUCAUCCAGGUUCCAUUCAAAAGCAGAGCGAGUGUUACAGUUGUUGACUAGUGAAGCAAUUUAUCCUAUUGGUGAUAAAGCUGACCAAGAUUCAAUGAUCAUUCUGAAAAUUGUUAAAUCUGUCUUCAAGAAACUAUGCGAGAAGAUGGAGUCUAAGGAGUUGGAUUUGGUAUGGAAUUGCAUAUAUAAGGAAGUAAAUGAAUGUCUUAAUACUGGAAAUAGCAGGCACCUACGACAUAUUUUAUCAGUGCUUGUCUCGGCUAUAAAGGUGCAAAAUGGGCAAAAGGUGUCUGAUUAUAAGCCUAUGCUGGAACUAGUUCUGCUGCUAGUGCAGACAUUUAUCAAACCUUGUGGAGUUAUUGAUUCACAGGAAGAUAUAUAUUUAGUUGUUGAUAAGAUUUUGAAAUUAAUGUUGGCCAUUCUCAAAGGGCUCUGUAAUUGCAAUACCUCAAUGAUAUCAGAGUGUGCUUUCAAGUGGGCUCCGAUUUUUGAAUCACCUCCAAUUUUUAAAUCAGCAAGCUCUAGUUUGCUGCGUUUCAUUAGAGAACUGCUACAGGAGAAUCUUUGUUUACUUCAUUUCAGAAGAAAUGUUAUAAGUGCAAUGAAUGAUUUGAUGGAGAUUUCAGAGGAAGAGGUCAUACAUUUGUUACGAUCUUUCUGUGAGAAAAUGCAAUUGGAUAAACAGAACUCAGAUUUUGUAGAUGGAACAAGUGAAGAAGCACCACUGACUAGAAUUUGCAGUCGUUUACAAGAGAUAAUAUGUUGUUGGAAGGGAAAAAUAAAUGAUAUUGCACAUGCUGAUGUAUUAUGUCAAAUUGAUGAAGGAGUGUUGGCACUGCUGUGGGGAGCUGUUAGUUGCUAUGCUCAUAUGUGUAUUGUUGGUGCCAAUCCGUCCUUGAUGGUGGAGCUUGUGGAUGCUGUAGAUAAUUUUCUGACUGUGAAAUCUGACUGUAUUGGAGAUAUGUCUAAAAAGGCCUGGGAAAGCAUUAUAGGGGCUGCAUUAAGUUCUUUCAACAGAUUGUACAGCAACAGUAACCAUGGAGCUGAUGAAACUGGAAAGUUUUUAAGUCUUGCAAAACGAUAUAAAUCAUCUCCACAAGUGUUGUUUGCUGUUGCUGGUUAUUUGGAAUUCAAGCAUGGUUCUUUGUUGGAAGACGCUGUGUAUAGAAUUUAUCAUCCAGAGCUUGAAGAAAAGACUGCAGAUGCAGUGGCAACAUUUUCUGAUAAUUUACAUCAUUCAGACAAGGAGAUUCGCAUUUCAACUCUUAAAAUACUUUGUCACUAUAAACCUUUGGGUUGGGAAAAUUCUUCAGUGGAUCAGCCAGUUGCUAAGAAAAGGAAAACUGAAGUUUCUCCAACUCUAAAUGUCGAAUGCACAGAAAAUAAUGCUCUGCUGUUGCUCCUUUCUAUUGAAACAACUCCUAUUUCAAUUUCUUCAAGCAGAAGCAUUCAGCUAUUCAUUUCCAAAAUACAGAUGGAACUAUCUGCUGGAAGGAUUCCUAAUGUUUAUGUGCCUCUUGUUUUGAACGGAUUGUUUGGCAUCUUGAAUAAUCGAUUUAGCUACUUAUGGAAUCCCGUAUUAGAAUGUAUUGCUGUCUUGAUUAGCCUACAUUUUUUACGUGUAUGGGAUAGCCUUGUUGCUUAUCUAGAAAGGUGCCAAACAAUUUUUGAUACCCCUUCUAACUUGCACGGGAGUGUCAAUGGUGCAUUGUUUGAUCAGCCAGCUGGUUUAGUUGAUUGUUUCAAAUUGUUUGUCUAUCAUGCAUCUGAUAGCACACCAUCUGUAACAAUAUUAGCAUUAUUGCUGCAAGCUUUGCAAAAAAUUCCAACUGUUAUUGAACCUCGCUCUCGGCAAUUCAUUCCUUUAUUUUUGAAGUUUUUGGGAUAUCCUGAUCUUGUAAGUGUGGGAUUGUUUGAUUCUCAUGCUUGUAAAGGGAAAGAGUGGAAGGCCAUCUUAAAAGAAUGGUUAAAUUUGUUGAAGCUGAUGAAAAAUCCCAAGUCAUUUUACUGUGGCCAGUUUCUUAAGGAUGUUCUGCAGCAUAGGCUUUUAGAAGAAAAUGAUACUGAAAUACAGAUGAGAGUUUUGGAUUGCCUGUUAAUCUGGAAGGAUGAUUAUAUUUUACCAUAUGUUGAACAUUUAAGAAACUUGAUUAGUUCAAAAAAUUUAAGGGAGGAACUGACAACAUGGAGUUUAUCGAGAGAAUCUGAAAUAAUUGAAGAAUGCCACCGGGCUUAUCUUGUGCCAUUAGUUAUCCGUCUUUUGAUGCCGAGAGUAAGAAAGUUGAAAGGACUUGCAUCUCGAAAGAAAGCAAGCAUUUGUCAUCGGAAAUCUAUUCUUAGUUUCAUAGCUGGACUUGAUGUUGUUGAGCUGCCUCUUUUCUUUGCACUACUGAUAAAGCCCUUGCAAAUAGUGAAGAAAACUGAUGGGCCUGCUAACUUGUUUUGGACUUCAGAUAAAGUUUCUAUUGAUGAAUUUCAAGCUGAUGCUUUGUUGGAAUAUUUUACUUUGGACAAUAUAGCAAACCUAUCCUGGAAAAAGAAAUAUGGUUUUUUGCAUGUCAUUGAAGACAUUAUUGGGGUUUUUGAUGAAUUGCAUAUCAGGCCUUUUCUUGAUCUACUGGUGGGGUGUGUUGUUCGGUUAUUGGAGAGCUGCACUUCAAGUCUCCAUGCAAAUUUGAAUGGGCUUCCUUCAGAUCAGCACAAUUGUAGCACUAGCUCAAAUUCUCUUGGGGAGGACAGUGUGCCAACAAACCAAACCCAGAUUAAUGGUACUUUGAACCAGCUGAAGGAUAUGAGAUCUCUGUGCCUGAAAAUUAUUUCCCUUGUACUCAAUAAGUACGAAGAUCAUGAAUUUAGUUCUGAUUUGUGGGACAGAUUCUUUUCUGCAGUAAAACCGCUGGUUGAUAAAUUUAAACAAGAGGCUGCUAGUAGCGAGAAACCAAGUUCACUGUUAUCUUGCUUUUUGGCCAUGAGUGCAAACAAUAAACUUGUAGCACUAUUAUACAGGAAAGAAAGUCUUGUACCUGAUAUAUUUUCCAUUAUCUCUGUCAAUUCAGCUUCUGAAGCUGUUAUAUAUUGUGUUCUAAAGUUUGUUGAAAACUUAUUAAGCCUUGACAAUGAGUUUAAUGAUGAAGACAAUUCUGCUCAAAGAGUUUUACUUUCAAAUAUUAAAGUACUGAUGGACAGCAUGUGCUGUUUAUUUGGAAGUGAUAAUGCAAUCAAGAGAAAGCUGAUCAAAUCUCCUGGUGAGACAGUAAUAAGAAUUUUAGAAUUUUUGCCCAAGUACAUCAGCGAGGCAGAGUUGGCAAAGCAGUUUGUGGACAUAUUGCUUCUGUUCUUGGAAAAUAAAACUCAAAAUUCUGAUGUUAGGGUUGAAGCUUUGCAAGUCAUUCAAAAUAUUAUACCGAUACUAGGACAUGGAAGUACCGCUAAAAUUCUAAGUGCUGUUUCUCCCUUAUAUAUUUCGGCUGAGUUGGAUAUGCGUUUGAGAAUAUGUGAUCUUCUUGAUGCUCUUGUAGCUUCUGAUGCAUCUUUACUCUCAGUGGCAAAACUUCUUCGACAGCUGAAUGCAACAUCUACUUUGGGUUGGCUUGAUCAUGAUGCCAUUUUAAAUGCUUACGGAAUCAUUAAUACUGAUUUCUUCAGAAGCGUUCAAGUGGAGCAUGCAUUACUUAUUUUAUCACAUUGUGUGCAUGACAUGUCAUCAGAAGAAACAACUUUUAUGUUUAGUGCAUAUAGUUCAUUGCUGUCUUUUGUUGAUUUUUCUGCUCAUAUCCUUUGCCAAGAAGGAAACAGUGAAGAACAGUUGUCAGUGAUGAGAAACACUGAUAGUUGUUGGACAAAAUCUUGCAUCCAGCGUACAGCAAAGAAAUUUCUCUUGAAGCAUAUGGCAGAUGCGAUGGACGGAUCACUUUCAGUUAUAAAGGGAUGGAUAAAAUUGUUACAUCAAAUGGUGUUGAAGCUUCCGGAAGUGUCAAACCUCAAAUCACUUAUGGUCUUGUGCAAUGAGGAUGGUGAAGUGAAUUUUUUUGACAAUAUAACUGACUCGGUGAUACGUAAGAGAGUCAAGGCAUUGUCUUGGUUUCGGAAUGUUAUCAGUGUGAACAAGUUUUCAGAGUUCAUCACUGAGAAAGUGUUCAUGCGACUCUUCUUCAACAUGUUGUAUGAUGAGAAAGAAGGAAAGGCAGAACAUAUGAAAAAUGCAUGCAUAGAAACCAUUGCUUCUGUAUCUGGUCAGAUGGGAUGGAAGUCAUACUAUGCAUUAUUGAUCAGAUGUUUUUGGGGUGCAUCCCGUAGUCCAGACAAACAGAAACUCUUCAUACGCCUGAUUUGCAGUAUUUUGGAUAAAUUUCACUUUUCAGAAGUUCCUCACAAUAAAGAACCUAAGGAAUCUUUGGGUGGAGUUUCUGACAUGGAUAUAACUGAUACUGAUGUGAACAAAGAGAUACAGACAUGCCUGUAUAAAGUUGUGCUUCCAAAGAUACAGAAGUUACUGAAUUCUGAUUCUGAAAAAGUCAAUGUAAAUAUCAGUCUUGCUGCACUGAAGUUACUUAAAUUACUUCCAGGAGAUGUGAUGGACUUGUAUCUUCCAACAAUUGUUCAUCGAAUUUCAAACUUCUUGAAGAGCCAUCUAGAAAGCAUUCGUGAUGAAGCCAGGUCGGCAUUGGCUACUUGUUUGAAAGAACUUGGAUUGGAAUACUUGCAAUUUAUUCUCAAGGUUUUGCAAUCUACCUUGAGACGAGGAUAUGAACUUCAUGUCUUAGGAUACACGCUUAAUUUUAUUUUGUCCAAGUGUCUUUCAAGUCCAGUUGCUGGAAAGAUAGAUUACUGUUUGGAGGAUCUGCUUUCUGUGAUAGAGAAUGACAUUCUUGGAGAUGUUGCUGAGCAAAAGGAGGUGGAAAAGAUAGCUUCAAAAAUGAAAGAAACAAGGAGGAAAAAAUCAUUUGAAAGCUUGAAAUUGGUGGCCCAAAAUGUAACAUUCAAAAGCUAUGCACUGAAGCUCCUUGCACCAGUGACUGCUCAUUUGAAGAAGCACAUCACACCAAAUGUAAAAGGAAAAUUGGAAAAUAUGUUGCAACAUAUAGCUACUGGUAUUGAAAGCAACCCCUCUGUAGAUCAGACUGAUCUAUUUAUAUUUGUUUAUGGCAUUAUUGAAGAUGGAUUAAAUGACGAAAUUGGUUGGCACGAGAAUAAAUUGUUGAAAUUGGAAGGCAAAGAUAGCCGUAUUAAUGCCAAAAGAAUUUCUACAGGCCAUGUAGUUGCUAAUGGCUUAUUGUGUUCACACCUUAUUACAGUGUUUGGUCUCAGAAUAUUUCAUAAGCGAAUGAAGAGUAUGAAACAGGAUGUAAAAGAUGAAAAUACUUUAUCCUUAUUAGACCCUUUUGUCAAGCUAUUAUGUGAUGGCUUAUGCUCUAAGUAUGAGGAUAUCUUAUCUACUUCCCUUGGGUGCCUUGCUAUACUGGUAAAGUUGCCUUUACCAUCCCUUCAACAACAUGCUGAGAGAGUAAAGGCUGCUCUGUUGGAUAUUGCUCAUGGUUCGGUGAACUCUAUCAGUCCUUUAAUGCAGUCUUGCUUGACUUUGCUGACUGUGCUUUUGAGGAACACUAAAAUUUCUCUCACCUCAGAUCAAAUAAGUUUAUUAAUUCAUCUUCCUAUAUUUCUUGAUCUUGAAAAAAAUCCAUCGUUGGUGGCCCUGUCACUUCUAAAGGGAAUUGUCAGUCACAAGAUGGUGGUACCUGAGAUAUAUGAUCUUGUUACUACGGUUGCUGAACUGAUGGUGACAAGUCAAAUGGAACCCGUUCGCAAAAAAUGCAGUAAAAUUCUGUUGCAGUUUCUGCUUGAUUAUCAACUUUCAGAGAAACGCUUGCAACAACAUCUUGAUUUCCUGCUCUCAAAUUUGAGGUAUGAACAUUCAACUGGACGGGAAUCUGUUCUUGAAAUGAUUCAUGCUAUUAUUGUCAAAUUUCCAAGAAGUGUUUUGGAUGAACAAUCACAUAUAUUGUUUGUCCAUUUGGUAGCGUGCUUAGCCAAUGACAAUGAUAAUAUUGUUCGUUCUAUGAGUGGGGCUGCUAUAAAGAAGCUCAUUAGUUCUGUUAGUCCUAAUUCACUUAAAUCUAUUCUUGAGUAUGCUCUUUCUUGGUAUUUGGGUGGCAAGCAGCAACUAUGGGGUGCAGCUGCUCAGGUUCUGGGGCUGCUGAUUGAAGUAAAAAAGAAAGGAUUUCAGGAACAUAUAAAUUGUAUUUUGCCUGUGACUAAACACAUCUUGCAUUCUGCCGUAGAUGCAGUUACUAACAGGCAAGAGGGCUUUUCUGCUGAAUCUGCCAUUCCGCUUUGGAAGGAGGCAUACUAUUCUCUUGUUAUGUUAGAGAAGAUGAUUAAUCAGUUCCGUGAUUUAUGCUUUGCAAAGUAUCUUGAGACAUUUCAGGAUAUAUGGGAAGCAAUAUCUGAGAUGCUGUUGCACCCGCAUUCAUGGAUACGCAACAGAUCAGUUCGCCUUGUAGCCCUAUACUUUGCACGUGCAACAGAUGUUAGCAGAGAAACUAAUGGAAGCUCCUUAAGAAGUUAUUUUAUUAUGAGUCCAAGUAGACUAUUUUUAAUAGCCACUUCUCUUUGCUGCCAACUAAAAAUGCCAUUCAUAAAUGAUGCUGACAGCAGCCUGAUGACCCAGAAUAUUGUCUUUGCUAUCUGUGGUGUGCAUUCUUUGAUGGGGCAAAAUGCAUGUAUAGAUCCCCCUGCAUUCUGGUCUACUCUUGAGCAACAAGAAAAGGAUCGGUUUCUUAAAGCUUUUGACUUGCUUGAUUCAAGUAAAGGAAGAAGCAUGUUCAUGUCCUCAUCUUUCUCUUCUAUAUAUGAAGAUAACAAUCAGCUGAAUGUUGACAAUGCUCAACGUGCACUAGUCUCAUUAUUGCUCCGGAAAAUGGGGAAGAUUGCCCUCCAAAUGGAUGUUAUUCAGAUGGGAAUAGUCUUCAACAGUUUUGGGAAUAUUAUGGCGCAGAUUAGUCAGGAUGACUGCCAACACUAUGCACACGUGAUCUUGUUGCCUCUAUAUAAAGUUUGUGAAGGAUUUGCGGGAAAAGUUGUUACUGAUAAUGUCAAGAAGUUGGCAGAAGACACCUGUAAAAAACUAGAGAAUAUUUUGGGUACUCAGAACUUUGUGCAAGUUUACAACCUUAUCAGGAAGAACCUUAAAUUGAAAAGAAAUAAGAGGAGACAAGAAGAAAAGCUCAUGGCCGUUAUCAAUCCGAUGCGAAAUGCCAAACGGAAGUUAAGAAUUACUGCCAAGAAUCGUGCUAACAAAAAGAGAAAGAUUACGACAAUAAAAAUGGGGAGGUGGAUGCGUUGAUUGAAAGGAGGUGUGAGGAGAAAUGUCCAUAUCUCUGUACCUCUAGUUUGGCACUGUGAGUGCUCCUGUAUUGAGGUUUUCGUAAAAUCACUGAUCUUGCCAUGAACCAAGAUACUCCUGGAGAUAAUCUCGUUUGCUAAAAAAUUGAGAUGUGAGAUGCCAUCUUAUGAAUGUUCCAUCUACGCAGGGUUUUCAGGUAUAAAUGAAGCCAUGUCAAUGUCACCUGGUUGUUUGAAGAAAAAUGGUGGCUUUGUGGAAUUUUCUUCAUAAUUUUCAUGAUAGAUGGUAACAAACAUAUCUUGUAAAAGAAAAAAAAAGUCAAUUCACAGCUAUAGCAGGCAGUUGUUGGUCAGCCUACUGUGCUUGAACUCUCCACUUAUUUUUUAGUGUACAAUAGUCAGCACUUCAUACAUACUACCAACUCAAUUGGACUCUCCACUUAUAUAUGCGGCUUGAAGCAUGAAUGAUUCGCUUAACGAUACUUAUUUAUGAAAAUUGUUUGUAGCGUAUAUCCAAAUUUUUGCUGUACAGACUAGAGGAUAAAAAGAAAUACAGCAUUAGGGGAGAAUAUUCUUUUGGAUUUUUGUUGUUCGUUUCUUGUUUUGCUUUCUACCCAAUGUCAUUCUUGGAUCAUGACAUACAAUUCCAUAUAAUUCUUUCUAGUAAUAUUACUUACAGUUUUCUCUA